GCACAGUUCGUUAACAGUCCUAGUCGAGAUUCUAGGAGGUUCAACCAGCGUCCAGCGAUCCAGCAGCAGUGUCUUGUGUUGUGUCGUGUGUGUUUUUCUAUUAUCCCCAAACAAAUUCCUUUCAAACGGUCCGUUGCCGUUUCUUUCCAACACUUGUGAUUAACAUUUUGUGAACAAAAAUGAAGUCAUUUUUGAUUGCCGCCGCUUUGCUCAUCUCAACGGUGUCCGCCUCUUGGCACGGAGCCGUUUCCACACAGUAUCAGCAUCUGGAUCCCCAUAGCCACACCUAUUCGUAUGGCUAUGCCGAUCCCAACUCACAGAAGCACGAGACGCGUGCCCAUGAUGGCACCACCCACGGCUCCUACUCCUAUGUGGAUGGACAUGGCCACACACAGUCCGUCUCAUACACCGCUGAUCCUCAUCAUGGCUUCAAUGCCGUCGGCACCAAUCUGCCACAGGCGCCCGCUGUGCCCCAUGUGGCGCCCGUCUAUGCCGCUGCCCAUGCCCAUGCCGCCUAUGUGCCAUAUGCUGCGCAUCAUCACGGUGGCAUCCACAUUCCGGUGCUGACCCACGGCGGCGUUCCAGUCGACACUCCCGAGGUGCAACACGCCAAGGCUGCGCAUGCUGCUGCUCACGCUGCUGCCGCCCACAAUGCUGGUGCUCAUCAUCUGUACAAGCGUUCCAUCUAUGGCGGUGCCUGGGCCUAUGGCGGUGCUCCAGCUGCUCAUGUGCCACUCACUCACGGUGGUGUGCCCGUUGAUACUCCCGAUGUGCAGGCCGCUAAGGCUGAACAUUAUGCUGCCCACGCCAAGGCUCUGGGACAUGUGGCGCAUGCUCAUGGUGCUCCAGUCGAGACUCCCGAAGUGCAACACGCCAAGGCCGCUCACUUUGCCGCUCAUGCCGCUGCCCGCUCCGGUCAUGCCAUCGCUCCCAUUGCCCACGGUGGCUACCAUGUGCCUGUGAUCCACAAUGGUGUGCCAGUCGAUACUCCCGAGGUGCAGCACGCCAAGGCCGCUCACUAUGCCGCUCUGUCGCAGGCUUCGCAUGGCAGCAGCUCGCACAGCUCCUGGGACGAUGGCCACUACGAUGGACGCUGGGAGGCCAGCCACGACAGCCAUGCCCAGAGCUAUGCCACCGGCUAUGCGCACAAGGGUCCCAUCCACAUUCCAGUCAUCCACAACGGUGUGCCCGUUGAGCCCGCUGAGGUGCAACACGCUCGUGCCGCGCAUCUGAACGCUGUGGCUGCCGCCAGUCAUGGUGCUGGUGCCCAUGGUGGUUACUAUGGUGGCUCCGCGCAUGAGGAUGAUGGCCAGUAUCAUGCUCACUACAAUCACUAUUAAGUUCAGCCAUCGAGAUGACGAUUGAUACGAUAAUGACGACAACGGAAGCAAGCUAGCGUAUAUGUUGCUUUGCCUCUCCUCCUCACACACUCUCUUCCUGUCUCACUCUGUCUUCUAUACACCUUUUUAUUAGCAACAACUUUAACUUCAACGCUGUCUCUGUCUCUCUUCUGAAACACACACGCAACAACACUUCAAUGGAAAGAACUACACACGGGAGAUUUGAGCUGAUGUCUCACUUGCCCGUCACUGCUGAAGCUUUUCCUACAAUAUCUUUUAUCGAACUAUUCUCGAACUUUUCACUCGAACUUUAUUUACUUCAACUUUACGAUCCCACUGUCAAGUCUCUUAAGUUCUGCUCUCUCUUCAAUUUACAUACUUUCAAUGACUUCCUCUUCUACCUAUUCUAGACUUGAGCAAUGCUGAACGAGUAUGUUGUAAAUAAUUGUUGUAAUUUUUUAUAUACCUUGAAUCAUGUACUGGAUAUGUAUCCACAUAUAUUAUAUGAAACUGCAAACAGACAAAUAAACUGCAAAAAUGUAUUUGAUCACAA